UGAAUUUGAGCUUAAUGAAGUUAAAAUUGGUGAAGGAAGUUUCGGACAAGUUUAUAAAGUUAAAAAUACAAUUGAUGGUAUCAUGUACGCGCUAAAGUUUAUUAAAAUUACAGGUGAUGUCGAUAAAACUAAACAAGAAAUAGAUAUCUUAUCAAAACUUGAUAGCCCUUAUGUAAUUGAAUUUAACAAAUAUUAUUCGUUACAUGAUUUACAAUGUUGCAUUCAAACUAAAUACUGUUUAACCAAUUUAUCUAAAAUUAUUGAAUUAAAACAUACAUUCAUUCAUCAAAAUCGCGGCCGUGAAUUAGAGCUUGCCGCAAUUAUUGAUUAUUAUAUAUCAUGCGAAAUUCUAAAUGAAUUAAACAAUGGCAUAAAAUAUUUGCACGAUAAUAAAAUUAUGCAUGGAGAUGUUAAACCGGGCAACGUAUUAAUUGACACUGACUCAAACAAUGGUAUAUUUUGCAAGUUGUGCGAUUUUGGUUUGUCCAAGAUAUUUGACGCUAAUAGAAAUUAUGAUGAUUGCGAACCAGAUAAUAUUGGUAGCCCCAAAUAUAAAGCACCUGAGGAUAUCUUAGUGUUCAAAAGCGAUAUUUAUAGUCUUGUGAGAAUAAUAAUGAUGGUGACUUAU